AUGAAUACUGUCGCUCCGUCGUCGUCAGUUGCCUCGUUUUUCCGCUCCGGAAAACCAGAAGAUCCACAAGCGGCUCUUUUGUUCUCUCUUCUUCAAGUCAUGACUGCUUGCUUUGGAGGAUUUGCGCAUGGAGGUAACGAUGUCAGUAACGCUAUCGCACCGUUGGCUUCGCUUUACGUCAUCUAUAUGGAAGGGUCCGCUUUCCAGACGCUCGAUACUCCUGUGUAUAUCCUGCUGUAUGGAGCUCUUGGAAUGUGUAUUGGAUUAUGGAUGCUUGGACAUCGUGUCAUCUAUACAGUGGGCGAAAAUCUCACAAAAAUCACACCUCCCAGGUAAGU